CGACACCUUCCUCGGUACGUCGGCACAUGGCUCCAUCACGGCUGUUUCACCAUCUCGCGCCUCGCAUUAUCAAUCCGUCCUCCAUCUAGAUCUCCACACUCGCAACUGAAUCUCUCUCCACCGUCGACGCCGGCGCCCAUCAUCUCCUCCUCUCGGCGACAGAGAGCGAGCGACCUGAACGAGUGAAAGAGCCGACCUCUUUCGCACCCAUACCCUUCCCCUCACCACUCGCCCUCGCCCUCAUCCUCCUCCACCUCCUCACCCCUCACCCCCAACCCUCAUCUCCAGCGAUACACGAUGGCUCCACGCCAGGACUAUGACAAGAUCGUCAAGCUCGCGUGCAAGCCCAAGAAUGCCCCGCCCAAGGCCAAGUACUUGGACGCACUCAUUGCCGCAACAUUCGACGAUAAUGCCUUGAACGACAUUACGCGCGCGUUGUCGCAACGCUUGCGCGACUCCAACCCAGUGGUCGUCUUCAAGGCGCUCAUCACGCUGCACCAGAUGAUGCGCUCGGGCGCGAGCGAGCAGCUUCUCGGUCACCUCGCGCGGUCCGAUACUCUGCGGCUCCGCAACGUCCAGGGCAUGAAUGACGGAGCGGGCUACCAUCCUCCCAGCAACCUCAGCGCAUAUGCGUAUUAUCUGGACAGCCGGAUUCGCGCGUUCCGCGAUUUGCGUCACGACCUCGUUUAUCUUCAGACCGAGAGCAAUCGUCGGAGCACGGGUUUGGGCGCGAACGCCAAGGCACGACGGCUGCGCCACCUCCCCGUCGACAAGGGCUUGUUGCGCGAGGUCAAGCAGGUGCAGCGCAUCCUGGACGCACUGAUCCGAUGCACCUUCUACGAUGAUGACCUGCGCGACGAGAAUACCGUUCUCGCCUUCCGCAUGCUCAUCAAGGAUUUACUAGUGCUAUUCCAAGCAGGCAACGAGGGCGUGUGCAACAUUCUCGAGCACUAUUUUGAAAUGUCCAAGGUGGACGCGACCGACUCGUUUGACAUCUACAAGUCGUUCAUCAAGCAGACGGAUAAGAUUGUUGACUACCUUGCGAUUGCGCGGAGGCUGAACAACAUUGUCAAUGUCCCAGUACCGAACUUGAAACACGCACCAACAUCGCUCGUUAAGGCGCUUGAAGAGUACCUCAACGACCCGAACUUUGAGCAAAACCGAAUGGAGUACAAGAAAAGCCUGGGAGUCGUGGAGGGGCGUGCAGGAGAUAAGUCGUCCGCAGCGACUGCCAAGAAGGAAGAGAAGAAGGACGAGAAGGCCGCCGAGAGCAGUAAGGCGGCGUCGACAGCCGCCCCACCACCGCCCGUCGCGAAUGCGCAAGCCAAGAUUCAAGACUUCCUGGACUCGAUUGAGAGCGACCAGGCCAAUGGCCAGUCCUCGCUGGCGGGAAGCAGCUCGAUGAACUCGCUGAACGCGGGCGGCAGCAUGGGGAUGAACCAGUUCGGCCAGAUGCCCAUGGGUCAAAUGGGGCCAAUGGGUUCGAUGUCGACGAUCGGGUCUAUGGGUGGGAUAGGCAUGGGCGGUAUGGGAGGCAUGGGCGGCCAGAUGCCCAUGCAGAUGCAAAUGACGGGCAUGGUCAACCCAUUCCGCCAGAGCACCAUGUUCCCCCAGCAGACUGGCUUUAUGGUGCCACAGAUGACGGGCUUCCCCAACUCGCAGGGUUUCAUGCAGCAGCCACAACAGCAGCAAAGCGGCUUCCUUCAGCCUCAAUCGACCGGUUUCCUCCAGCCCUCACACACUGGCGGCGGGUCCGCCAUCUUCCAGCAGCACACGCCUCAGCGGCAGUCGACGUUCCCGCUCGCGUCCAACUCGCAACCGUUUGGCCAGAUGAGCGGCGACGGCAAACAGUCGUCGCUGCUCGCACAACCAAACCAGAACAACCCCUUCCCCUCCUCCCUCCAGCCCCAACCGACUGGCUUCCUGCAACCACAAGCGACAGGCUCCAACCCGUUCCGGCAGUCACUCAUGCCACAGUCAACGGGCAUGAUGGGCAUGGGCGGCAUGGGUGGUAUGAGCGGUAUGAACGGUAUGGGGAUGAGCAACACCGGCGGCGGCAUGGGCGGUCUCGGAUCAGGCGGCAUGUCGGGUGCGUUCACGCAGCCGUCCUCGCCGUUUGGCCAGCCCCACUCGACGGUAGACAACCGGCCGGGCUCAACACCCAACAUCAUGAGUGGCGGCGCGAGGACAGACUCGCCCAAACCUCUCACAGCGCAGAAGACGGGCUCAAACAACCCCUUCGCGCCGCCUGGCGGCAUCCCACAGCCGCCGCCGCCCAUGCCCCACCAGCCGAGCAUGAACGAGAUUGCUCAGCAGCGCUUCCAGGCCCAGUUUGCGGCCGCAGGCGGCCUCAACCCGCAGCAACAGGCCGGUCAGCAGCAGUUCCAACAACAGCAGCAGCAGCAGCAGCAGCAGCAGCAGAAGGACCCGUGGGACUUCGACCCCCUUUCCUCUUCCUCUUCAGCGCCAACAAAGUCGGGCUCGGCAAUGGGCGACAUCGCAAGCGCCUUUGCGCUGGACAAGCAGCCACAGGGUGACUUCUUCUCCCAGUUCAACUCACUCUCUGUCAGCGACUCGAAUCCGUCCUCGAACACCUCUGGCGGCUUCCUCCAGCCCCAGCGCACCGGCGUGGGCGGCAGCUCUGUGAAGCCGUUCAAGCCCACCUCGAGUUUUGGCGCGCAGCUCGAGCAAAGCCUCCCACCCAUUCCGGAGCCUGGAGGGAGCGCGAGCGCGAACGGUAUCAGCUCACAGGCCACAGGCUUCCCCUUCGGCUCGGGCUCUGGUACGGGCGUGGCAUCACCAGGUGCCUCGGGCCAGGGGGCCCAGUCGCCUUUUUCAGGCGGGCCUGCGCAGUCGCCCGGUUUCGGCAUCGGACAACAGGGCCUUGCGCAGUCGCCCACCGGUCUCAGCGCCCAGUCGACCGGCUUCCCCUUCGGGAUCACCGCACAGCCGACAGGCUUCCAGCCGACAAGCAGCUUCGGGCAGCAGCUAGCGGCGCAACACACACAAGGCCAGAACCAGGUGCAGGGCGCGCAGCUGCAGCGCCAGAACACGGGCAGCAACCCGUUCCGCGGGGCGGGCGGAAUGCCCGGCGCUGGCAUUGCAGCCAGUGGCCCGUUUGGUGCUGGCUCGCCGUUCGCAGGGCAGAACAUGUUUGGCGGGCAGCAGCAACAGCAACAGCAGGCAAGCCUGUUUUGAGCAGGCUGGGUGGGCGCUCUCGACGAAUAGACCUAGAUCUUGAUUUCGGUAUACAUGCUAGUAUUUAUGGUAUGGUUUCCGCGGGGA